AUGAACUCAAUCCAACAAACAAAUGAAAAAUGGAAGGGCAAAGCAAAUACAAAACUACCAGGAUGCAAAUCUGAACAAGUAUGGCCACUUUUAGAGGAUUUUUUUGGCCUUGACAAAUGGUUUCCAACUCUCUCUACAUGCAUACCAAUUGAAGGAACACCAGGCAAACCAGGCUGUGUCCGUUUCUGUGCAGGUUUCAAGACUCCUAUAGAUAAAAAUGGCAAACAAAGAUUGAAUUGGACUAAGCAGAAACUUCUUUCAAUUGAUCCAAUUCAAAAGGUGUUUAGUUAUUCAAUUAUUGAUGGAAAUGUUGGAUUUUAUUCCUAUGUUUCAACUGUUAAGGUAAUGAGAAAAGAAGAUGGAUGUGAGAUUGAGUGGAUAUAUGAAGUUGAACCUGUUGAAGGAUGGAGAUUGGAAGAUCUUGAUUUUUUCAUUGGUUCUGGCUUGGAUGUCAUGGCUCAAAGAAUUCAACAAGCUUUGAAGACCAUGAAAGAUGCACUUGAAGCUUAA